CAGAAAAGUUAUCCUGCCCUUAGUACCUCACGCAACUGGCGCCACUGUUCAGGAGCUUGUGAGGCGACGCAUCGUACUCUCUUCCUCAUUUUGAUCCUUCAUAGUGGGUGGCCUCCCUGCCUGACGCCGGAGCGUGCUGUCCAUACCCGCGUGUGACUUCGUUACGAUGUCUUCCACCAUCCCGGACCCAGAGACAUGCACUUACCUCUACAAAAUCUUGACGCCAGCAGAGUCCGAUAGCUUGCCAGAAACCGCCUGGCAUGGCACCCCUCUCGAUGUAAAAGACGAGUUCAUCCACCUCUCCAACGCGCACCAGCUCGUAGCGGUCUUACAGAAGUGGUUCUCCAAAACCUUUGUACCCGUCGACACGCUUUACUUGCAUGUCCUGCCGCGCUCAGCCAUCCGGCGAGACCAGACACUCCAAUUCGACUCCGUCGGGGACACCAAAUUCGGGCACAUCUACGGUGAGAUAGAUCCAAAGACGCAGUUUGAAAAGCGUAUAGAGAUUCACCGCAAGUCGGACGGUAGCUGGGGAAUUCCGGAGCUGCCCUUUUGAUGUAUGUACAGCACGGAAAGAAAGGAAGAAUGCAU